AGCAUUUCCAAACAGAGCAACUACAACCACUUCAAACAUCCUAAACUCCCUCCAACCCUGGCUAUUCACACGCUUCAGUUCACAACUUCCAUCCAGAAUCCUACUUCUCCGAUUGUCCUCAUGGGGAAGGUAUGCUAUUUCCUUCAUCCUACAAUAUGCUUCUCACUGACUCUAUCCAUAUUCUUCUCAUCCUUCAAGAGCCAAGUCAAAUCUUUCUUCUUCCAAUAAGCCUUCCUUGUUACACUCAGAAAUGGAAUGAAUCCCCAAGAUGGCUUAAGGAUGCCCUUCUGUUUUGGAAUGCUUUAUCUUGGUGUAUAUCAAGGUUGGUUCAGUUUACCAGAGAAAAGAUGCCAGGGUCUCAUUCUGUCACCCAAGCUGGAGUCCAGUGACAUGGUCACAGCUCACUGAAGCCUCAACCUCCUUGGCUCAAGCAAUCCUUUCACCUCAGCCUUCUAAGUAGCUAGGAGCACAGUGUCAUAAAGAAGAAUAUUUGAAGCUCUAUAAAUAUGUUGCUUUACAUGGCAAAAAGGACUUUGCAGAUCUGAGUACACUGGAUUAUCUGGGUGGGCACAGUGUAAUCACAAGGGGCUUUCUAAGAAGGAAGAAGGAGGGUUUGAGACAGAAAAACUGGAAGAAGUUAUAACAUUGGCUUUGAAGAUGGAAGAUGGGGACACAAGUCAAGGAAUUCAGGUGGCCUCUAGAAGCCUGAAAAGUCAAAGAAAUGAAUUCUCCCCUAGAGCCUGAAGAAGGAACACAGCCCUGCUGACAGCUUGGUUUUAGGAUUUCUGACCUCCAGACUAAGUGAUGCCACCAAAAAGAAAUGAAAAAUACAAACUUCCUAUUCCACUUCCAGAAGGCAAGGUUCUGGAUGAUAUGGAAGGCAAUCAGUGGGUACUGGGCAAGAAGAUUGGCUCUGGAGGAUUUGGAUUGAUAUAUUUAGCUUUCCCCACAAAUAAACCAGAGAAAGAUGCAAGACAUGUAGUAAAAGUGGAAUAUCAAGAAAAUGGCCCGUUAUUUUCAGAACUUAAAUUUUAUCAGAGAGUUGCAAAAAAAGACUGUAUCAAAAAGUGGAUAGAACGCAAACAACUUGAUUAUUUAGGAAUUCCUCUGUUUUAUGGAUCUGGUCUGACUGAAUUCAAGGGAAAAAGUUACAGAUUUAUGGUAAUGGAAAGACUAGGAAUAGAUUUACAGAAGAUCUCAGGCCAGAAUGGUACCUUUAAAAAGUCAACUGUCCUGCAAUUAGGUAUCCGAAUGUUGGAUGUACUGGAAUAUAUACAUGAAAAUGAAUAUGUUCAUGGUGAUAUAAAAGCAGCAAAUCUACUUUUGGGUUACAAAAAUCCAGACCGGGUUUAUCUUGCAGAUUAUGGACUUUCCUACAGAUAUUGUCCCAAUGGGAACCACAAACAGUAUCAGGAAAAUCCUAGAAAAGGCCAUAAUGGGACAAUAGAGUUUACCAGCUUGGAUGCCCACAAGGGAGUAGCCCUGUCCAGACGAAGUGACGUUGAGAUCCUCGGCUACUGCAUGCUGCGGUGGUUGUGUGGGAAACUUCCCUGGGAACAGAACCUGAAGGACCCUGUGGCUGUGCAGACUGCUAAAACAAAUCUGUUGGACGAGCUCCCCCAGUCAGUGCUUAAAUGGGCUCCUUCUGGAAGCAGUUGCUGUGAAAUAGCCCAAUUUUUGGUAUGUGCUCAUAGUUUAGCAUAUGAUGAAAAGCCAAACUAUCAAGCCCUCAAGAAAAUUUUGAACCCUCGUGGAAUACCUUUAGGACCACUGGACUUUUCCACAAAAGGACAGAGUAUAAAUGUCCAUGCUCCAAACAGUCAAAAAGUUGAUUCACAAAAGGCUGCAACAAAGCAAGUCAACAAGGCACACAAUAGGUUAAUCGAAAAAAAAGUCCACAGUGAGAGAAGCGCUGAGUCCUGUGCAACAUGGAAAGAAGUGCAAAAAGAGGAGAAACUGACUGGAUUGAUGAACAAUGAAGCAGCUCAGGAAAGCACAAGGAGAAGACAGAAAUAUCAAGAGUCUCAAGAACCUCUGAAUGAAGUAAACAGUAAAAUCAGCUAUACACAAUUCCCAAACUCAUUUUAUGAACGUCAUCAAGAUUUUACCAGUCCAGAUAUAUUCAAGAAGUCAAGAUCUCCAUCUUGGUAUAAAUACACUUCCACAGUCAGCACGGGGAUCACAGACUUAGAAAGUUCAACUGGACUUUGGCCUACAACUUCCCAGUUUACUCUUAGUGAAGAGACAAACGCAGAUGUUUAUUAUUGCAUCAACAUACUUGUCCUUUUGAUGUUAGUAUUUCUUGCUUUAUUUUUUCUCUGAAGAUAUCAAAAUUCCUUUUGAUAAUUUUUUAAGUUUCCAGCUCUUCACUGAAAUGUUAUAUUCUUAUUUCAGUAUUUCCUUCCAGACAUUUUUAAGGUAAUUGGCUUUAAAAAGAGAACAUAUUUUAACAAAGUUUGUGGACACUCUAAAAAAUAAAAUUGCUUUGUACUAGAAA